AUGGCGCCAGCCGCGACCCCGUGCUCCCCGCGUCUCCUACUCGCCUCGUCUGCAUCUCCGCCUCCUCUCUUCCGCGUCGCGGCCCGCCCCCUGCUGCCCGGUACCCGCCGCGGGGGCGUGCGCCUUCGGGUUCGAUGCGGAGCGGCGGACGAGGAGGCCGAGGUUCGGCGGGGGGAGCAGGUUAAGGCGUCCGUGGAGGAGAUGGCGCCCGGCCUCGACCUCGUCACGCUCGCAGCCUGCCUCGUGGGCUUCCUCACAGGCGUCUCCGUUGUCCUCUUCAAUCUUUCCGUUCAUGAAAUACGGGACCUGCUUUGGGAUGGCAUACCACUGCGAGGCGCUUCGUGGCUGAGGGAAGAACCCACUGCUGAAAUUUGGCAGAGAGUGAUAUUUGUUCCCGUCAGUGGAGGCAUCAUAGUUGGAGGGCUGAAUACGCUAAGAAGUUCUAUCAAAACAAACUCAGAUGGCUCUGUUUCUAAUAUAAAAGGUGUGUUUAGGCCAUUCUUGAAAGCUGUGGCGGCAUCUUUCACUCUCGGAACUGGCAACUCUCUGGGGCCUGAGGGACCCAGCGUGGAAAUAGGUUCUGCUAUAGCGAAAGGAUUUGGAAAUGUGUUUGGGUGGGAAGGCGGAAAAAAGCUGUCUCUUGUGGCAGCUGGGUCAGCAGCUGGCAUUGCAUCUGGUUUUAAUGCUGCUGUUGCUGGGUGUUUUUUUGCGGUGGAGUCUGUUUUGUGGCCUUCAUCUGGCGAUUCUUCAUCCCUUUCCAACUCAACACCUAUGGUGAUCCUCAGUGCAGUGAUAGCGUCUGUUGUUUCAGAGAUUGGUCUUGGUUCUGAUCCUGCUUUCACUGUUCCAGAAUAUGAUUUUCGCUCCCCAACAGAACUUCCUCUAUAUCUCUUGCUGGGCGGGUUUUGUGGAGUGGUGUCAAUCACCCUAUCUAGGUGUACAGCACUAACUAUGGACAUGGUUGAACGCUUACAAAAGACAACAGGAUUGCCGAUGGCUGUAUCCCCUGCCUUAGGUGGCCUUAUUGUUGGUCUUCUCGCUCUUGUAUACCCUGAAGUUCUGUAUUGGGGCUUUGAGAAUGUUGAUAUUUUACUGGAAUCACGGCCAUUUACAAGUGGUCUCUCAGCAGCAGUGUUGGUUCAGCUCAUUGGAGUAAAAAUAUUGGCGACGUCUUUGUGCAGGGCUUUUGGAUUGGUUGGAGGUUAUUAUGCACCAUCCCUUUUUAUUGGUGCAGCUACAGGCAUGGCAUAUGGCAAGUUCAUGAGGUUUACAUUUACUGGCUCUGAAGCACUGUUUCAUGUCCCCUUCCUAGACGUAGCGUCACCUCAAGCAUAUGGUCUGGUUGGUAUGGCAGCUACACUUGCCGGUGUAUGCAAGGUGCCUUUGACAUCUGUCCUCCUACUGUUUGAACUAACGCAGGAUUAUCGUAUAGUUCUGCCUUUGCUUGGUGCUGUUGGACUAUCUUCUUGGAUCGCUUCUUCUCAAAGGUUCUCUACCAGCAGUAAGGGUAAGCUGGAUUCAUUGGAGGAGAAAACAAGCACCAUUGAAGAGGCGAAAAAUGUGCCCACUCAAACCCAACAACUCACUUCUGUGGAUAGUGUUGAUGCUACUGCAGAAUUAUGUAAACUAGAAAGCUCGCUUUGUGUCUAUGAUGUCAAAGAUGAUAACGUGCUGGAAAAUCUUACUGUUGCAGAGACUAUGAAAACUAGAUAUAUUUCUGUCUCAUUGAAAACUCCAGUAGUUGAGGCACUAAAUCUUAUGCUUGUGGAGAAGCAACCAUUUGUUAUGAUAACUGACAGCAAUAAGUCUUUAUUAGGCUUGCUAACAGUCAAAGAUUUCCAGGAUUUCUGCAAAACUGUAAAAAGUACCAGGAUGCAACUUGAGGUAGAUGAAUGUCUGAUGUCUCAUGUUUGUGGAGCCGUUAGAUGUAAAAUAUGGUCUGUGACACCUCAGAUGCCACUUACUACUGCUGAAAAGAUUAUGGAUUCUCAUGGAAUGGACCAGGUUCCUGUAGUUUCAGAACAUGUUAAUCAUCAGGAUGGAGGAAUCUUGGUUGGUUUUGUAGAUAGAGAAUGCAUCACCAUUGCUCGAAGAGCUUUGGCAGCAAAAGAAUUUUUCAGUUUCACAUCGGAGAUCAGAGGGGAAGAGAGUUGA